AUGGAGGCAGCGGAGAAGCUUCACGCAGAGAAGAACCUGGCCGGCUUUGAAGAACUUCUCGCCGGCAAGUUUGGGAUCGAGCUACGAAAACCCGAAGAGCUCACCAAUGGCAUUCACUCUGUAUCAGGAGACGCUCAAGCUGUAAACAAGACUGAUGCUGCAUUGCCUGACUGGGUUUGGCCAGAGUCACGUUCACACUACCCUCGAGCAGACCGACGUUGGAUCAUUUACGCCAUUACAAGAGUCUUCGCGUGGCAUGCUUCGGAGGACAACAGUGACAGUGGCCUCAGACUUGAGUGUCAGCUACCGGAGAGCAGCCUCUUGAACUUUUUAAUUGACGCUGGCCACCUCACCGUAUCCAACCUCAAGUCAGCCUUCAAGAACGAGGUCAGAGAUGUGGACGAUAUUGAUAUUGUUCUUGGAGAGUCCAUCCCGCAGUUGCUUGUCCAGGUGGAGCCAACUUUUGAGUUUCUCCUGGCUUAUCUCUAUUCCACCAAGCUUGGCGAGGUUGAGCUUCUCACUUCGGUUAGGUUAAUCAUGCAGAGUCUCGAGCUCAUUCAAGAUCCUACAAAGAUGGCUCCCAAACUGCUUACCUUUUCUUCUCACGAACUACCUACAAACGGCGAGGACGGUGAAGCCGGUGAGUACGGCGAGAUUGGAAUGGAACUUGAUCGCCUCGAGCAAGAAAUCCAAGUAACAGAGUCUUACUUGGGUGACCAGUCCAGCACUCGGGCUAAGGGCUUGAGUGUUGCGUUUGGCAAACUGGGCAGCUGUCCCCCCAUCCUGACCAUCAGAUUCCUCCGCCAGCAUUACAAGCCUGAAGAGAUCCUUUCGCUUAUCUACGUGCUACGAAUGGAGCUUGUAAAGGAUGGAUGGACGACACGAUAUCUCGAUACUACUCGCCUUGAUGAGGCCGAAGACCUGGAGCCACCUCCAGAUGGAAGCAUUCGUCUGAUUGCCGACUUACUCUGUCGGUGCAUAGACUCAGUUGGCCCGGGUGGGUGGCUUAUAAACGAUGCGAUCAUUUCCGCCGGUACAGGAGAUCAUUUCGACGGUGCAGAUUUCCUUGCCUCGCUGAAACUUGAGGUCAGCGCUGCGCUAGAAGGCGUGCAAGAGGCUGUCUUCCUACGUGGCAUCAUCUCCGAGGCGGCAAGAUUCGGUUCCAGCGCGUUGGCUGUUACUGCUUACAAGCCGCGGAAAGCAGGCGAGAACAAGUCGCUUGUCUCCAGAGAUCUGAAGACACGGGAGCUUAAACCAAUUCACAGUGCCGAAUCCGCCAUGCUUCCACUAGGCAUGAAGGCGAACAACAAAAUAUCUGCGGAGAAGAUAUACUCGAAUGGUGAGGUGGUAACGAGGAGCAAGAGAGAAGUCGGCUCGCACAUCAGCAAGAAGGUCCAGGCCUACUCGCUGGAGCGCAUUGUCAUUUGA